AUGCCUCCAAAAAAAUCAAGAAAUUCUUUGGGAUCUGGUGACUCUACACCAAGGCGUUCCUCACGCCGUGCAACAUCAAUAGAACCUGAUCAACAACAAGAACAGGAAAUAACACAACAAGAUGAAGGUAUAGUGGAACCUGAAAUUGAACCUCCAUUAGAUAUAAAAGAACCUGAAGAUGAAGAAUAUAAAGAAGAACCAAAAGAUGAAGAUGAAGAUGAAGCUUAUUCAGGAGAUGAUGAUGAAGAUGAAGAUGUUGAUAAGCCUAAAAGAUCAAGAAAAUCUCAAAGGUCUUCUUCAAGAUCCAAAAAAGAAGAAUCUGAUAGUGAACAAGAUGAAGAAAACCUUGCUUUGGAACUAGAAGGUGAUGAAGUCCAUGAGGAUGAAGAAGAGGAGGAAGAAGAUGAGGAAUCCGCAAGUAAAAGACAAAAAUCAAAUUCAGGCACAAGCACACCAGUUAGAAUUGGUCGUCGUGGUCCAGGUCGUGGUAAAAAAGGUCCAAUGCAAUUAACACCAGCUCCACCUCCUGUUGAUGAAAGACCAUUAGAAAUGAAAGACGAUGAAUAUAUCCUAACUGAUGACGAAGAAGGUGAAACUAAAAUCACCCCCAAUGGUCAAUUAUUAGAUGGUCGUCAAUUUAGAGUUCGUUCCUUCACUGUUAAGGGCAAAGGUGAUCGUUUAUACAUGUUAUCCACAGAACCUGCAAGAUGUAUGGGGUUUAGAGACUCAUACUUAUUAUUUCAAAAACAUAGAAGGUUAUAUAAAGUUGUUUUAUCAUCUGAUGAAAAAUUUGAUUUAAUCAAUCGUGAUAUCAUACCACAUUCUUAUAAAGGGAGAGUCAUAGGUUUAGUCACUGCAAAGAGUAUAUUUAAAGAAUUUGGUGCAAAGAUAAUAGUGGGUGGUCGUAAUAUUACUGAUGAUUAUUAUGCAAAGAGAUUGAGAGAUCAAGGUAAUGUCGUGGAAGGUGAAUUAGCAGAACCUGAAGAUGCAGUACCACCAAAGGGCACACCAUAUAAUCAGAACCAAUUCGUGGCAUGGCAUGGUGCCUCAAGUGUUUAUCACGCUGGUGGUGUGGCUGUUGCUCCUCCGCAAUUGGAAUCUUUAGAAUUGAAAUCAAUGAAGGCUUUAAAAUCAACUAAUCAUAUUAAUGAGGAGAAUUGGAUGCAUCAACAUGCCUUGGCUGUUAGAAAUUUUGAAUCAACUCUAUUACAAGGUAGACAAAUCUUGUCAAAGGGGUUAAGAGAUCCAUAUACUGGGAUUAUGUUUGUUCCUGAAUUGACUCAACCUAAUCAUGUGCAAUAUAAGAAAAUAAUUGAUCCAAAAUUGGAGCAUAAUGGCGAGAAAAAGAAAUUGAUCUAUGAAACAAUAUUGAAAAGUGAUAAUUUGGCAAAGAAGACUGGAUUGAAAAAUGUCCCAUUGGAGGUUUUCGAUGGGGUUGUUAGUGAGGAAGUUAAACAGGCUAUAUUAAGACAACAAAAGUAUGAAACUUCUGUAUAG